AUAGACUUAUUCUAUAGGGUCUCUUCUUACAUUUCUGCAACUCUUUUCUCCUCCUACAGUUUUCUCUCUCAAUCUAUCUUCAUCAACAAUAAAUCUUGCUAAAAUUAUUGGUUAGUAUUGUUUUGUAGAAGAAUAUGGGGAGAAAACCUUGUUGUGACAAAGAUGGAGUAAAGAAAGGUCCAUGGUCAGCUGAAGAAGACAAGAAGCUUAUUAACUUCAUUCUUAUUAAUGGCCAAUGCUGCUGGAGAUCUCUCCCUAGACUUGCAGGGUUGCUGAGAUGUGGAAAGAGCUGUAGAUUGAGAUGGACAAACUAUCUAAGACCAGAUUUGAAGAGGGGACUUCUAUCUGAAUAUGAAGAGAAAAUGGUUAUUGAUCUUCAUUCUCAGCUUGGCAACAGGUGGUCCAAGAUUGCUUCUCAUUUACCGGGACGAACUGAUAAUGAAAUAAAGAAUCACUGGAAUACACAUAUCAAGAAGAAGCUGAAGAAAAUGGGCAUUGAUCCAGUCACUCACCAGCCAAUUACUGUUGACCAACCAAGCAUAGAACAACCAACAAAAAAUCAACCAAUUAUUCAACAAGAAAAACAAACAACAAUGCCAAUUUCCCCAGCUCAUGUUGUCCCAGAAAUAAUGGAUAUUCUUGAUCACAACAAGGAGCUGGUUGAAACUCCUAUAUUGUCAACAAUCACAGAGAUCAAAUUAGAAGACGACGACCACAACAACAAUAAUAAGAAUACGGCGACAAGCUUUUGUACAGACGAAGUCCCGUUGAUUCAACCACAUGAAAUUAUAAUCCCUUCUGAAUCAACCCCUUCAACAUCUUCUUCUUCUUCUACAUCAUCCAUAAUUCUUGAAGAUUUGCGGUUUGAUAAUUGGCAAUAUGAUUUCAAUUGGGAAGAUGAUUUCAGCAAGACAUUGGAUUAUUUACUUAAUGAUGAUAUUGACAUGAAUAAUGUCAUUUCCCAAGAUUGGUCAAAGGUGUUGGAAGUUUGAGCAACUUUACUUGUGAUUAAUUUUCGAAGGGGAGCUAAAUUGAGCUUUAUUCUUUUGAUUGGCAAGUCACCUUUUUUUUUCUUUCUUUCUUUUUGUAUAUAGAAGUUUAGAUGGUAGUUGUUACUACCAUAUAUAUGGGGACAAAAACACAAAGCCCCGUUAAAUAUUUAUGUUUUUUUUUGGGUUACAAAUGUUCAAUUGCAGAUCAGAAUGAACCUGCCAGUACAUUAUGGAUGAAUAUUAUUUUAUACAAAAGUGUCCACCUUUUUUCUUAA